UUUAGGACUGAAAGCGCAUCGGUGACUUUCCAGGUGUUUAAAAAUCUCUCCCAUUUUCUUUCUUUUCGUCGUGUUUCUCUCACAAUUUCUCGGUCUACGUAAUAUUUCUGUGUUUGAGUGCAGCUUGAAUAUUUAUAUUGCGUGCUACUGUUUGGAUAAAUGCGAGAAUAGCAAAAAUGAGAAGUCAUUUCGUCCGGUAUUCCCUAUUCGGUAUUUCGGUAUUCAUCUCGAUCCUUCUAUUAUUCUGGAUCGAAAACGUCGACGGAAUUCAAAUAUGGGACAUGCAGACAGGACGUGCUCCGCUCUGGGAAAGAUUCACGUGGAAGACGAUGGACUUUGCUUAUCCGGAUCAGCGUAGCAGAAAGUUAGCGAUUGCGAGCGGCGAAUACAUCCCGGAGAAUUCUCUGCCUGUCGGCAUCGAGAUUUGGAGGAACAAGCUCUUCGUCACGGUGCCAAGGUGGCGAGAUGGAAUACCAUCUACGUUGAAUUAUAUACCGUUGGACGUUAAUCAAGGUGUGUCGCCAAAGCUUAUACCUUAUCCGAGUUGGUCCCAGAACAGGGCUGGUGCCUGCGGCAGCGGAUUGACUACCGUCUACAGGAUUCACGCAGAUGCAUGUGAUAGACUGUGGGUGUUAGAUACCGGGACUAUAGGAAUCGGUGAAACUACUAUGCAAGCCUGUCCUUAUACUUUGAAUGUAUUUGACUUGAAAACUGAUAAAAUUAUAAGGCAAUACAGGCUCAGACCAGAAGACAUCAAUCAGAAUACCUUUAUCGCCAAUAUCGCGGUUGAUCUGGGAAAAAACAGUUGCGAGGAUGCCUUCGCUUACAUGUCCGACGAACUCGGCUAUGGUUUGAUCGUAUAUUCCUGGCAGCAAAAUACAUCCUGGCGAAUAACGCAUAGCUACUUCAUGCCGGAUCCCCUAGCGGGCGAUUAUAAUAUCGGAGGCUUGAACUUCCAAUGGGGAGAGGAAGGUAUUUUUGGUAUGAGUCUGACACCGAUAAAAUCAGAUGGCUAUCGGACUCUCUUCUUCCAUCCCCUCAGCAGCUAUCGGGAAUUUGCGGUAUCCACGAGAAUCUUGAGAGACCAGCAGUUGUCUCAAAACAGCUAUCAUGAAUUUCAGGUGUUGCCGUCAAGAGGACCGCUAUCUCAUUGCACGGCGUCUGUGAUGGACGAGAACGGACUUCAAUUCUUUAAUUUGAUUGAUCAAAAUGCGGUUGGCUGUUGGAAUUCCAUGCUACCAUACACACCAAUCAAUCAAGCAGUUAUCGCCAGACACGACGAGGCUAUGAUAUUCCCAGCAGACAUCAAGGUGAAACACGACUUGCUCUGGAUUAUAUCGGAUCGUAUGCCGAUAUUUUUGCUGUCGACUCUAAAUUACACGGAUGUGAACUUUAGAAUACUUACGACACCGGUUCAAGCAGCGAUAGCGAGAACGGUCUGCGACAACGUGCCGUUGAGAUAUGUCAGCAAUAAGAUGUGGUGGAAUUGAUAAUUUUUUGCGUGUGUUGAUAUCUACACUCGAUAAUAUAAUCAUUAAUAAUUUGAAAAAAAAUGAUAAUCAAAAACAUUUGUCUGAAAACGAUUAUCACGAGUUUCGGGUAUUGCAGUUUCAAUUUUUUGUAUUUGUUUAAUAAUUAUUCGAUAAAUUUUUCGCAUCUUGUCUUUUGGCCAGUUUAUCUAAACUUUCUCGCAUAAUUGUUGCAAUAAAGAAAGCCUUUAUUGUUUUAUUGUUUUAUGCAUUUAUAAAUAUAUAAUGUUACAUACUUUAAGAAAUAAAAAUAUUUUUCGAAUGCUAUUUGAAAUUCGUGUAUCAAGAAGAUGCAACAAGAAAUAAAAGGUAUUUCCUCGUU